CCCAUCCCCGUCGAUCCGUCGCUCGUCUUCCUCCUCGCACGAGCGCCGCCACCCCUCCCUCCCCGUUCCGCUGCCGAGCGCGGAGCGCCCCAGCCCCUCGCUCGUCUUCCUCCUUCGCGCGAGCGCCGCCACCAGGCGUUAGAUGUGGUUCAUUUAACUGAGGAACAAAAUGCCAUUGCUUCUUCGCGUCAAUCAACUGCGGAACAUCAUAUGGAGCAGUUGCCCCGUCAUGUUACAGAUGCAACAUGCUGGAUUGCCAUCUGGAAAAUUGCUUGGUCCAAGAAGCUACGAGAAGCGUCAUUUCACAACAAGGGUUCAAACACUUGAAACAGCAGUUAUGGAUACAACUACAACUGGGCUGGGUUCAUGCAAUUCGGGAAUUCAGCAAUUAAAGCUCCAGCGGACUUCUGAACAUGGCCAGUGUGCAACUAUUCUUGUCUUUGAUAUUGAGACUACUGGUUUUCUCGAUAAGAGUAAUAAUAAUAGAAUCGUCGAGCUUGCACUUCGUGAUCUUUCUGGAGGGAAGAACAGCACAUUUGAAACUCUCAUUAAUCCUGAGAUGGAUAUUCCCACAUUUGUUGAGAAGGUUCACAAAAUCAGCACUAAGAUGGUGCGCAGACAUGAUAUCCCGAGGUUUGGUGAUGUACUUCCAUUACUGCUGGCAUUUGUUCAAAGCCGCCAAACUCCCGGCAAACCAGUUAUAUGGGUUGCUCAUAGAGCAAAAGCAUUUGAUGCGCCUUUUCUUGCUCGAGAAUUUGACCGUUGUUCAGUACAGAUGCCCACGGAUUGGCUGUUUGUUGACAGUGUUUGCUUGGCGAGGAAGCUGCCAAACAUGCCGAAAUCAUCAGAUGGAAAAAAACAUCUCGUAAAUUUGGAGGCACUGAGAAAACACUAUGGCAUCCGUAUGGAAGGCUCUGCUCAUAGAGCGAUGCAAGAUGUGACGACAUUAUGUCAAGUUUUCCAGAAAAUCACUUUUGAUCUAAACCUGUCAUAUGAAGGACUAAUGAAUGAUGCCACCAAGUCUAGUGCUUUCAGCAAGGUUUCUUAAGUAAAUAUUUGCAAUCUCUAGCUUCCUUGUUUUAGUGCAUACAUUUAUUUGAUUUUCCCCGAUAGGAUCACCUCUAAGCAUGAAAGAAUCGUGUUUUCUUUUCAUUAAAUAAUUUUGGCAGUGAAAGGCCUACUGUGCAAACUGAACCAUUAAUAUUUUCCCUGUAAUCAGCAUGAUGCAAGUAGAACCAUAGGUAAACUGUGUCUGGCUGAUUGUCAGAAACAUUUGAUGGCAUUAUGCUUCAGCGGCCUAUUACAUCCAUUCUGACAUUCUGUGAUGACUUAACUUGCUCUAGGCAUGAUCUUAUGGAAAGAAAACUUAGUACC